AUGACACUCAAAUUGCUUAUGAAUUCGACAUGGGGAUAUUCCAUUAAGAAACCUCAAGAGAUGAAGAGUAAACAUUAUGAGAAGGUCGACAACUUUGUUGAAAGGUUCUCCCCUUUUGUUUUGAAAUACGAAUUUACUCAAGGUCAAGGUGGCUUAGUAACCACAGUAAAACCUAUUGUCGAACAUUGGUCUUAUCCUCAGUUCGCAAAGGCAGUCCUUGACAACUACAAUGAGUUCUUCUCCGAAGUCAAAUCCAAAGUGAAGGUUUACUAUGAGAACAUUGACGCACUCAUGACGAACGAAGAAGGGUACAACAAACUCAUUGAAAUGGGCAUGGUCGGUGAAAAGAUGGGUCAAUUCAAAUUGGACAAAAUUUUCACCGAAGUUCAUGUAAUAUCGAAAAGGAAGUACUGGGGUGUUAAAGAAGAUGGUGAAAUAGUUAAACAUUGCAUGAAAUAA